AGGGAGAGCCCUCUUGGAGCAUUUCUUCAAAGUGUGUGUAAUGAGAAGGAAAGGCAGACGAUGGAGCCUUGUGCAGAUCCUCUCACCGCUGUGCCUUGGCGUGGUGACCGCGGCGUGUGCGGCUUUGCUGAAGCGGUACGCACGACGUGGGGACGUAGAUCAACCCAUCCCCAUCGCUGCUUGUGCGCCGUCAGGUUACGUGACGCCUCGCCCGUCCCGCCGACUGCUUUCUCGCCCCUGCCUUCGCUUCUGCAGAGGCAUAGAACACUGACUGACCUGACGGACACGAAAGGGGGAGAGAUCUGACGUGUUGGUCCUUUCUUCCUUCUCUCUGUAUGUUUGCAGGCGUGCGGGUCCGCCCUCUCCCUUGUCCAGGCUGGGUGUGUUGGCGCCCGAGGGGUCCAAGUAUCCGACGCCUCAUGAGACCAUAUGGGGCGGACCCGAUGGAAAGGGCCUCAUACCGGUCGGACGCACUUUGCAAUCGAUACACACACACACACACACAUUAUGGCGGGUAUCGGAGUGUGUAUGUUAAUGGCGGUUUGGUUGGUGGUUUGGUUGUGUCAGAGUGACGACACGAAUCCCUGGUAUGUGUUCAAGCACUGCCCCUGGGCGGCGCUGGACAUGCGGGCCAACCUGCUUCAGCCAAUGGGUGCGUGCGGACACAUGCUUGCUUGUACUGAUCAGUGAAUGGAAGCAUCUUACACACGCACACACACGUGGUGGGAGGGGCUCUAUGUCUGUCUGUGUGUCUGUCUGUCUGUCCAUCUGUGUGCAGGGGUGAUCGGCAGCGGGCCGGAGAACUAUGACGGCAUGGGCCUCGACGAGGAGAUCUUCGAGGGCAACAGAGACAGGUGUGCGGGUGGGGUGGGCUGCAUUGCCGACACAUUCACGUGACAAGAGAGAGACCUUCUUGUCUGUCGUCCCUCCUGUGUGUCUUUGUCUCCUCCCUCCCAGGCAGCGCAAUCCCGCGUGGCCUCGCCACCUCGACCAUGGUGUACAGUGGAGGCACGCAUACCAGUGAGUGAGCACACACACACAUAGACCGACCAGGAGACCAAGAUGCCUAAGCACUUCACGUCGCCUGGCGGUGUGCUGUCCAGGCAUGGCAACGGUUACGAUCCCCACCCAGAGCCCGACGGCUGCCAGGACUACACCAUCGGUCGGUCCGUACGGAACGCCGAUCACACAAGACGUAGACCAUAUGUGUGCCUGCGUAUGUUGUGUGUAUGCGGGUGUGCAGGCGAGACUGACGAGGACCUGGAGCGUCGGCAGUGGGGCUGCUUCAACAACGACAGGGGCAAGUACCUCGACCCCAUCACAGGUGGGUACAGACGUCUAAAGGACGUGAUGCCAUCUGGUCUGUCUGGUGUGUGCAUGUCGGUAUGUCGCUGCAGCGUACAAGGAUUUCCGCGAGGACCCGACGACGAUGACGCCGCACGUGCCCUUCCAGAAGUUCGAUCAGCCGGUGGUGCAGGACUACCCCGAGUGGGGCAGAUACGGCCCGUGCUUCCCAUCACACCACGUACUCGCCGACUGGAGGUGAGUGAGGACAGGAGAGGAGAAGAGAGGGCCUUGGGUGAAUGGGAUGGGCGAAGGGGUGGAGAGGGGGUGCACAGACAGACAGACAGAUUGAUGGAGGUGAAUGGGGACACAUCACUCAUUUCUUCGCGCCUCCCUUUUGUUUCCGUUCAGGAUGAAUCUGGCUGCCCUUGACAAACUUGAGAACGGCCCUGUCAUCGAAAUGCCCCACUCAAGCAGUAAGGAAGGACCCGGGGGCCCUGCACUCACUCUGUCAGACGUCUGACAUCAGUCACAUCACACGUGUCCUGUCUGCCUGUCUGUCUGGGUGCAAUCGAUCGAUCAGCGAUACUGCGCCGUAAGAAGGAGCUGCUGGACGAGAUCCGCGCCAAUGCGUCGGCCUUGGCCAAGGAGGGGAAGGUGUAUGACGUGUCAGCCAUGAUCCGGGCCAACUGCGCCAUCGACCCGGAGGCCUUCAAGGCCAGCCAAAAGGCCACAGACACACGCGCCAUCCUCCGCACCGUCGGGCAGGGCGGCAAGCGCAAAAUCGGCGACAUGACACGCGCCAGCCGUGGGGCUCCUACGAAGGGCCUGACGCGCAGCCAGCAGCUCAAGCUGGACCAGCAGCGGCUGGAAAGGAGCCGGGAGCGCGCCGCGUGGCUGAGCAUUUAUCUCGACUACGAGCGGAUGCUGCGGGGCGGGUGUGAGGAGGACUAUGAUGGCGUCUACUGGGGGCCGUCGUGGGAGGGCGGCGGGGUGGGGUACAACUACACCGGGCCCAUCAAGACCGUCAUGCAGAACCCUUUUGACGUGCCUUACACCGGAUGCAAGUCAGUCACUCAUUCACUCACUGCAGAGGGAGGGAAGGAAGGAAGGGGAAUUCGCCCGUCGGGGGAUCCAUGGGUCGGUGUGUCUGUGUGUCAUGUAUGUAUGUAUGGUUGUAGUUUGCAGUGGUUUUCGACCAAGGAGGAGCUGGCCGAGCUGUACCACAUCCAUGUGCUGGAGGCGCGCAACGAGGGGCGGGUGGGCCUCGACGCCCAGCACAUUGGCCUCCCGGACCAGGAGGAAUACCCAACCAGACCCAAACUGUAAGUGACCCGCGUCUGUGCCUUACAGCUCCAGACACGUACAGUACACACGACGACCGACCGGUGUGUGUGUGGGUUUCCCUCAGCAAGAAGUUUCGGCGUCUGACCAGUUUCUACGUGCCCUACUGGACGCGUGUGGCGUUCGGUGAGGAGUUUGGAGAUGCUCUCGAGCAGCACGAGCAGCUCCCCGACGACCUCAUGAGGGACAUCAUAAUCGACCUGCCAACAAAACACAAACAGACACUCCUGCAUGAUAAUAAUAAUGAGGUGGGCGGACGGACAGACAGACGGACGGACAGAGAGGCACUCUCUCUCUCUCUCUCUCUGUGUGUGUGUGUGUGUGCGAUUGGUUGGUCAUGCAGGUGGAUGGCGACUACGGCUGGGUGCGCGAGUAUGAGGACUUCUACGUCGACUAACUGACAUCCACUGGAGCUGGUCGACGAAUGGAAGCAAGAGAGGCAAAGGGUGGUCAGGGAUCUCGAUGGCCUUCCUUCCUAGUACAUCCGUACCGCUCGGCUGCAUGCAUUCAUUGGUGCAGCUGGUAAGUCGUUGCUUGCGUGUCGAUAGAUUGGUGUACACUCCAUACUUACGAAGGCCAGCCAGAUCUGGACGAUCAUGCAUGACUGACUCUUUGGAAAGACUUUAGUUAGAGAUGUGGGCAAUGCAUCAUUGCAACAAACAGUCAUUCAGUUGACAAAUGGAUGGAUCAUGUGUCUGAUGUCUGUCUGUCCUCCUACAAAAGAAGUCAAGUCCUACUAAU